CAUUUUUCUGAAGUAAUAGGCAUUGACUAAUCAACACAUAACUAAUAGUUUUAAAUGUUUAAGAACUAGGUUUUUAAGUUUUUGUUUUCCAUUAAAAACUGUUGAGAAAAAGUUUUUCGAUGGUUCCAGAGGAUUAGGUUUGAUAUUUUAACUUUUGUGAUAAUAAAGAAUAUAUUCCGAAACGGAGAUGAGCAACACUACUAAUUCUGCAAAUAAUUGCCAAAAUGAUUUUAUAUUUCGUAACCCGUGUUCAUAUAAUACACCUAUAGCUGAACAGGAAGAUGUAGACGACCGGGACGAUGAUAUGACCUUUUGCAUGUCAAAUUAUGCCAAAGAAGUUUUAAAGAUGAUGUUUAUGAUGCGAUCACACAAUAUGCUUACAGAUGUCAUACUAGAAGUAAAACAUGAACUAUUUCCCGCCCACAAAGUAGUUUUGUCAGCAGCAUCUCCUUAUUUUAAAGCUAUGUUUACGGGAGGUUUAAAAGAAUCUGAAAUGUCACGAGUUCAGCUGCAAGGAGUUUGCCCCACAGCAAUGGGUCGAAUAAUAUAUUUCAUGUAUACAGGCCAUAUACGUGUUACAGAAGUGACGGUCUGCCAAUUACUACCUGCUGCAACUAUGUUCCAAGUGCCAAACGUCAUUAAUGCAUGCUGCGCGUUUUUAGAGAGGCAAUUGGAUCCAACGAAUGCUAUCGGAAUAGCGAACUUUGCUGAACAGCAUGGCUGCUCAGAACUGCAAAGAAAAGCCAACCAUUUCAUUGAAAGACAUUUUACACAGGUGUGCCAGGAAGAGGAGUUUCUCCAACUGAAUGCUUAUCAAUUAAUUGCUUUAAUACGUCGCGAUGAGUUAAAUGUUCAAGAAGAGCGCGAAGUAUAUAAUGCCGUACUUAAAUGGGUUAAGUAUGAUGAAGAUAAUCGUUAUCCAAAAAUGGAACACAUACUUUAUGCUGUUCGUUGUCAAUUCCUGACACCCAAUUUUCUCAAAGAACAAAUGAGAAACUGUGAUGUGCUACGAAAGGUGCCGGCCUGUCGAGAAUAUUUAGCAAAGAUAUUCAAAGACCUGACUUUACACAAACGGCCGGUAGUGAAAGAACGUACACCAAAUACGACUCGAAUGAUUUUUGUAGCAGGAGGAUUUUUUCGGCAAUCAUUAGACAUACUUGAAGCUUAUAAUGUGGAUGACAAGGCGUGGACAACAUUACCGAAUUUGCGAAUUCCCCGAUCUGGUCUUGGUGCAGCAUUCUUGAAAGGAACUUUCUAUGCUGUGGGAGGACGAAAUAAUUCAAUUGGUUCUUCAUAUGAUUCAGAUUGGGUGGAUCGUUAUAAUGCCGCAACAGAACAAUGGCGCGCAUGCGCUCCAAUGACAGUACCACGCCACAGAGUGGGUGUUGCCGUAAUGGAUGAGUUGAUGUACGCAGUUGGAGGAUCCGCUGGAUCGGAAUAUCACAAUUCAGUUGAAUAUUAUGAUCCAGAUCAAGAUCGAUGGACACUAGUGCAGCCAAUGCAUGAAAAACGUUUAGGUGUAGGUGUGGUUGUUGUGAAUCGUUUAUUAUAUGCUAUUGGAGGAUUUAAUGGAACUGAUCGCCUCACAACUGUAGAAUGCUACCACCCUGAAAAUAAUGAAUGGACCUUUGUGCAGCCAAUGCAAUAUGAGCGGAGCGGUGCUGGUGUCGCUGCCAUAAACCAAUAUAUUUAUGUAGUUGGUGGAUUUGAUGGAACACGCCAACUUGCCACGGUAGAACGAUAUGAUACUGAAAAUCAAAUUUGGGAAUCUGUGGCAUCCGUGCGAAUUGCGCGCAGCGCUUUAUCACUUACCUCUUUAGACGGAAAGCUUUAUGCAAUUGGAGGAUUUGAUGGUACGAAUUUUCUGUCGAUCGUUGAGGUAUAUGAUCCUAAAACUAACACAUGGGAACAAGGUACUCCUCUAAACUCUGGGCGUUCCGGUCAUGCAUCAGCAGUGAUAUAUCAACCAUCUUGCGCUACAAACUUUAUGGAUUGUAUGGACAGUGAAACAACUAAACGUGGUGGGAGUGGUCCAUGUCCUGACGAAUCAUCAAGCAGUAGAAAUAUUAGUCAAAUAGGGCAUAAUGUUGAAGGUUCUACAAGUGGAAACUCUUACAUGCAUUUCCACACCACUUUUGGCGGCAGUAGCUGUAGAAAUUGUGAUCGUGAUUUACAAGCAAACAAAGAUAUUAAAAAGAAAGUUUCAAAUUUAUACAAACCAACAUUGCUAGAUACCUUAGAGAACGUAAACCUCUUUAGUGAAAUUAUGCAAUAUCAGGUGAAAACGCCUGCUGCUGAUCUAGUUGGAACUCCAGAAAUUAAGCAGGAGAAUUUUAAAUAUUCUAAAUGUAGUAAAAAUGUUCUAAUACGAUAUUUAAAAAAUAUAGCUACCGGACAAUUAUUUUAUCAAUAUUUUCACGAGCUACGAGAAAGGCAUUGCAAGAUACAGGUUUUAGUAUAAUAAUCUUUUGUUUUAAAAUAAUAUAUAAUAUUUUAGAAACUUAAAUAUAUGCUCCUAUAUAUUUAUACGAGUAUAUGUAUGUAUGUGACUUAGGCAAGAGUGAAAAGUCGUUCAUAGGUCUGCAGCAGCAGAUAAGUGAGAGAAUUGAAACUAUUUGGCAUUGCACUGGUUCGUUAUAUUUUUCUUAAAGCCAUUUUGUUUUUAUGUAAAAUACUAGCUGUACCCGGCGCGCGUUGCUACGCCAACAACUAAAAUAAAUUUAAGAAAAAUAACUUUAAAGAAAAAUCAGUACACAAAUAUUCAAUUCAUUCUAAACCAUUUUAUUGAUUUUGAUUAUUUCGAAAAAAUCGGUUGAAAGGGGCAGAAGUUGCUACUCGGCAGCGCCACCUGGUGGUGAGUGGCAGCAAUGAGCAUAUUCUACAAACCUUCUCCGUGGAAAAAUACAUAUAUACACCAAAUUUAUAAAAUAACACAGGUCGACAAUGUUUUGUCCUAUAAAAGUGUAGGGUCAUUUCCGAAGUAAUUUUUUGCGUAGAAUCCGAAUCCGGGGUUUAAAUUGCUCUAUCACGUCAGGAUUUUGAGAUAUCCUAACCUAAAAGUGAAAAAAACGCUGUUUUUGCCCAUUUUUGAGGUUAUGUAGCUACGCAGAUUUUGCUCUUCAUAAAAAAGUAAACAUAGUACAUAUUUUAAAGUAUAAGUCUUCCUCUUUUAAAUGCCGUUGAGUUUGCUCAAAUAUCUUUAUUUUUCACUGAGAUAUCGCAUUUUGAAGUUUUUUUGUUUUUUUUGUGCGACUAUGUAAUCGACCGUAUCACGUCUCAUGUUAUCUCAAAGGAUUUUCGAAUAUCGAAAAAUUCACAAACAUGGAAACUUCAAAAUGCGAUAUCUCAGUGAAAAAUAAAGAUAUUUAAGCAAACUCAACGGCAUUUAAAAGAGGAAGACUUAUACUUUAAAAUACUAUGUUUACUUUUUUAUGAAGAGCAAAAUCUGCGUAGCUACAUAACCUCAAAAAUGGGCAAAAACAGCGUUUUUUGCACUUUUAGGUUAGGAUGUCUCAAAAUCCUGACGUGAUAGAGCAAUUUAAACCCCGCAUUCGGAUUCUACGCAAAAAAUUACUUCGGAAAUGAUACUACACUUUUAUAGGACAUUCCGAACUCAUUUUUUUGCAGACCUGUGUAAUCGGUCCAGUAGUUUUUGAGCUCACCGAGGACAUACAGACAAACAUUCAUUUUUAUAUAUAAAGAUUAUGUAUAUGCAGAAAUAGGAAUCAAUUUGGAUUAUAUUUUCUUUAGUGAGAGUUUGGUAUCUGGUUUGAAAUUGUACUCUAUUAAUAACAACAGUCAUGAUGUUUUUUUUCUCGGAAUAAUGUCACAAAGGCUGUUUACAUACAACUUCAGCAUUGCUUUUGCUUUCAGUUCGCUUUGGCGCAGCGCGUUAAACUCUAGUGCUUGCUACAAUGAACGCUUUUGGUAAAUUAAUUGUAGUAAAAUUUAUUAUUUACAAUAAUAACUGCAUUUGCUAAAUGUAUACUUAUUUAAAUUUAACUCGGGUUAAACAUUUUUGGAAUAAUUUUAUUUGUUUACGUCUACUGAUUGUCAAUGCGUGCGAAAAAAUGAGUUGCCCAUAUUUACGCUUUACUUUGGUGUUGGCGUUGCUCACUUUUGGCUUCAUAUAAAUGUAUGUGUAACACAACGCUGAUUCCUAAUUUGUUUAACAUUAAUCCAUGUAAGCUCAUCGCUAUUUGCGAGCUCCUUUUUGUACAUUCCCUGCACUCCCAAAUGACAAGUAGUGUCGUGAACGUAUAAGAGGAAGGUCGCAAACUGCGGUAGGCAUUGUAUUGUUUGCAAUUCAAUUUGAUUUGUCAUGCUAUACAUUUGUAUUUUAAAAUUUUUAGAAAUAAAUAGUUUUCGCCAGGUUA